AUGCAGCAAUUCAUCAUCAAGAAGAAAUCUAAUCGAAACAGCUCCCAACAAUCUAGUCAAAAGCGAAUGCGUCUGAGCCCAACACUGACGACUUUUGCAUCGCGGUCUAUUUUAUCGGUACUUCCACGACCACGGCCCCAAAAGAAAAUCGAGGCGUCUCUUUCCGUGCUGGAGUCACCAAGCUGUCAACCAACGUCAGCCACAGCCAAGAAGAAUACUCAAAAGCUGGAAGAGUUGCGACGCAGCUAUUUGGGUGAUAUUGUCAUGGUGAUUCAAGAACUCAAGGUCAUUCUGACAUACUGUCCUGAAUCAGCCUGUUCUAAUGCACCUGUGCCGCCCUUGGUGAUUCUCAAGCUCGUGCGUACCAUUGAGACACUUGAGAAGCUACAGACUUUGCUGCUGAUGAACCCUGCGCGAGUGCAACGCGUAUCAUUGGCUCAGUUAGAAAUUGUCGAACAUCAGAUUACGGUGCAUCUCCUUCCACUUGCUACUCUACUGCGUAGUUUCGAAGGCGAGGGGAAUUUUGAUUGCGAACUUCCCGAGGAUAAAGUUACAUGUAAAAUGGAACCGAGUUGGGACCAUCAGUAUGACACGGAAUCUCCUCGUUCGCUGUCAGGAACGUCUGUAGCACCAAUGUUUCGACAAGAUUGGCGCUUUCUGUCCAUAGCGUUGAGUCUGCAGUUGUAG